CGCCUUUCAAAAAGUCCGGUAUUCAUAUCGGUAUACAAAAUGUUACCAGUGUUUUGGAGUUUCGAAUAAUUUUUUUUUAUAAGAAGCAGAUAAUUAUUCACUGCAGGACUCUUCUAAAAAGCAAAAACAUUUUUAAUGUUGGAAGUGUCGAAAUUAUGUAAUUUUUGUCAAUCAUAGAUUUUUAUUUAAUAAAAAAGGCGAGAAAUAUUUUGUCACCGAGUGAAUUUCAAAAUGAACAAUUGAAGUGUCAUGGUGGUAUUAUAUUGAGUGUCAAAAACAUUUAUGUGUGUUUCAAACUUGUAAAAGAAGUUGAUCUUUAGCGGCAUUGGUUCAUCAUUUUGUUACAUUUAACUAAACAUUAUUUCUUGCACGAGUUAGUGCUCACAAAAUGCGUGUAAAGCAAAUCAAAUAUUUAGCGAACAAUCAAUUAGAAUAAAAAUAUUUACAAGAAACAAAAACUCUUCGAGAAGGAUUGACGUGAGCCGAAAAUAUCAAGUUCCGGAAUUUUGAGUAAAAAGCUAUUCGAUCGAUCAUGACCGUGGGUGAAGAGGACGAGCCUCCAGCUCGUAUCAGAUGCUUUUUCGAUAUAAAUUUGGGAGGUUUACCAGCUGGACGCGUGGUAUUUGAACUGUAUCCGGACAUAACGCCAAAAACUGUGGAAAAUUUCCGAGCAUUGUGCACCGGCGAAAUGGGUAUUGGCAAGAUAACAGAGAAACCGUUGCACUAUAAGGGUGUUGUGUUCCAUAGAGUGGUCAAAAACUUUAUGAUCCAAUCUGGCGACUUUUCGGCAAAUAAUGGCACUGGUGGCGAGUCAAUAUAUGGAGGAACAUUUGAUGAUGAAAAUUUUCAACUCAAACACGAUAAACCAUUUUUGUUGUCGAUGGCUAAUCGUGGCAAGGGAACCAAUGGUUCCCAAUUUUUUAUUACUACACAACCAGCGUCUCAUCUUGACAAUAUUCAUGUUGUAUUUGGUCAUGUUGUGUCUGGUCAUGAUUUAGUACGACAAAUUGAACAACUGCCGGUUGAUAGAAAUUCAAGACCGUUGCAAGAUGCUGUUAUAAGCAAUUGUGGAGAGCUGGUGCGCCAAGUCAAGACCAAAAAGGAUAAGAAAGAGAAAAAGAAACGGAAGCAAGAAGAUUCGUCAAGCUCAGAUGAUGAAGAUGAACGAAAGAAGAAAAAGGAUAAGAAGAAGAAAAAGAAGUCCAAGGACGAAGAAAAUGAUAAGACGACAGUCGAUCCGAACGAAGAGCAUGAAGAGGGCGAAAUUGAUGACGAAGAUGUGCACCCCAUGGUAAAAAUCACAAAAAUUGAUCCAAAGGAUAUUCCCGAAGUUUCAAAUAAGUUUUUGAUGCGCGGUAACGGUAGUGGUACUGAAGCAACUAAAGAUGAAAAGGAGGGAAAUGUUAAAGAUAAAGAAAAGGACAAGGACAAGGAUCGUCGCAAGGACAAGGACAAAGAUCGGAGAGAUUCGGGACGCAACUUCGGAUGGUCUAAGCGCCGUGUACCGUUGUCUCGAAGCGGACGCGCUAUUAAAGGACGAGGUGUUUUCAGAUAUCGCACGCCGUCACGGUCCAGAAGUCGUUCACGAAGUGUUACGCCGCCGCAUUGGAAACAAGCACAAAAACGAACCAUCAAGUUAUCUGAUUUAGAAAAAUCUGAAGAAGAUAAGCGACUUCGUGAAGAGGAAAUCAAACGUCGUGAAGCGGAACGUAAAAAACGUCAUGAAGAAGUGGCUCGUGUGGCAAAAAAAUCGUUUUUCGAAAUCAACCAGGAAAACUCCUAUUCGAAUGUUAAACGGGAUGCCAAGUCAUUUGCAGAGAAGGAAGAUGGUGAAAUUGACACCUCAGCUAAUAUCAGCUCCAAAGACGUGAAAACAGAUGAUGAGACACGGUUCAGCGAAGCAGUCGAGGCAGUCGACAUGAAUGCAUUGGAUUAUGAAGAUGGAGAGGAGAAUGAGGAUGCAGUGGGCAAUAAAAACAAAUCCGAAUCGAUGGCUCUUGCGUUCGGUGUACAAGUGAAACCAAAUGAAAUUCCACCUCGUAACGAGAAAGAAAACGACAGCAAGCGCAAGAGAGAAUCAAAUUUGAAUGGCGAUGAGCGAUCGAAGGGUAAAAGGGAUGACAAGCGAGACAGAGAUACUCAACGUUCCAGACACGAUUCAAUGCGUAAAGGUUCUCGUCGAUCCAGAUCCAACAAUCGGUCGAGAAACUCCCCGGCAAGAUCAAGAUUUGAUCGAAAUAACCGCGGUGUAGAUCGUUCUAGAGGGGCUGGAAGAAACCAAGACAGACGACGUUCUAGAACAUCCAGGAGCUAUGAUCGCUACGACCGAACUCGAAAGCAAAGCAAUGAACGUCGUCGUUCACGCGAUCGUCGACAUCAGCGAUCUCGUUCUUUAUCUGAGAGAGAUAGAUCUCGGCCGCGGGAGGUCAGUAGCCGUCAGGACACGAAGCCCAGAUCACGUGAUCGAAACAGAUCGCAUUCAAAACAUCGCUCUCGUUCACCAUACAAGUCUCGGCGUGACGAUAAAUCAAAAUCUCGUUCUCCAUCCCGAUCUCGGUCAAAGAAUAAACGCGAAAAAUCAUCCGAGGAAAACACUUCAUACAAUGAGAGAGAACGAAUUAACAAGGAAAAAAUGAUGAAACGCGCCGAAGCCAUUUUGUUGCUAAAAGAUCACAUGCGAAAGGAGAUUCUCGAACAGGAGCGUCGACAAGCCGAAAAGCAGAAACAGAAAGAGGACAUGGAACGGGCCGAAGCUGAAAAGGAAAUUGCUCGACUGGAGAAAAUCAAGCAAGAAACAUUGGACAAGCUUAAGGCACAAGAGAUCAAGCAACUGGCCGCCGUCAAGAAGGUGUUAGAAGUGGUCGUCUCUAGCGUUAGCAGAAAAUCGAGACGGUCGAGUAGCGAAGACUCGGAUGAUGAUCGGGAAAAACGAAAGAAACGCUCCGAUCGACGUAAGAAAAUUCGCUAAUAACCAAUUAUCUGGCAAAUAAAUGAACGUUCAAGUAGAAUGAGAGAGAAA